CUCAGGCUGCACUACUUAGAAGACGCAGCGAGAGGAUGCUAUACGCUCAUUUCUCGGGUCUCGUCAGCGCGUCCUCCCCCGCUCCCCAUUGACGAUGUACUCCGCCGUUCAACGCCUUUUGUCGGCUCCCGGCCGUUUCAUCCGUUCUUUUAGUUCUUCUUCUGUUCGCAGUACGGAGUCUGGUCUGCCGAAGUUCAACACCGCUCCUUCGCACAAGUUGACUCAAAGUCCGAACCCCGGCUGGAAAUGGGGAGACGGUCUUGCACCUGAGUCCAGCCAGCUUGCAAAAGAGUGGAAAGAAGACGAGCAGAAGGGCUGGAAGACGUUCUCGCUCAAGGAGACGCACGGCAGGGAUGUAUACUUCCUCCUUACGAGCUCUAUCGUACCCCGGCCGAUCGCCUUCGUUUCGUCUUUGGCAGGCGAUGGAACCCCCAACCUCGCGCCCAUGAGUUACUUCUCUCUAUUGGCGCACGAUCCCCCCAUGGUUGGCGUUUCGUUUGCCAUCUUCCAGGGCAUUGGCAAAAACACUCGAGACAACAUCUUGGCGACGAAGACGUUCACCGUGAACAUUAUCAGUGAGCCGUUUUUGGACGCAGCAAAUGCGACCUCGAUCGAUGCACCUCCGGAAGUGGAUGAGUGGGUUGUCAGUGGAUUAACGCCCGAGCCCAGUACUCUCAUCAAGCCUGCACGCGUGCGUGAGAGCGCCGUCAGCUUUGAGUGCGAGCUCUUCCAUUCGCACGAUCUCAUCUCAAACUACGGUCCCGAGAUGACGACGACUUUCAUCAUGGGCAGCAUCAAGCUCAUGCACGUGCGCAACGCUGUGCUCGCGGCGGACGGCGUCAAUAUCGACCCUGCCAAGCUGCGCCCUAUGUCUCGCUUGGGCAUGGUCACGUAUGCGCGUCUCGGUGAGGGCAUCGACCUCCCUAUCCCUAUGUGGGCGCAGACGGGUGAGGAGGUCAAGAAGUUCCUGGAGACGAAGAGCAAGUUGUGAAUGGCCAAUUCGCCCUACCUACCUCGCGACGAUACCUGUUUCAUACUUUUCGUAUUGUAUCUUGUUCUUAGACUUGGUUAAUAUGUCGUCUGUCCUGCCCAUCU